AGCGAAGCUCUGAGACUGCGACUCUCAGGUUUUUACAAGUUCAAAAUGUAUUGCGACCACAAAACGAAUACCAACAUCCUACAACUUACACAAUUUUAUAAACAUAUAUAAUAUAUGUUUUACUUCAUAGGUACUUUUAUAAAUAAUGUAUGUGUUUUCAUAUUAUAAGAUAGUAUGAUGUAAGUAAAUAGGUACUAUCAGUAUAUGUGUUGAGAUCCACUCUCGUGGACCCCCAUAUUCAUUUCAUGGACCCCCAAAUUUUUUUUUGCUGUCGUAGACCCCUUGCAGGUUGUCAUAGACCCCUAGGGGUCGAUAUAGACCACUUUGGGAAUCAAUGGUCUAGAUGGAUUUCAAAACAUAUUCUUUUAUUUGUGUAUACAUUGCCUUUUCCAAAAAUUUGAAAAGUAUAGGUAAAAUGCUAAUAGGCCUCAGGUCAGUACACGAGCUACGAUUAUUUACUUUGGUAGAUAAAACAAGAGAGCUUUUCCAUGAUUUAGGAAAUAUGUUGUUUUCCAACCAUUGUUUUAUGAUAUGUAAUAUAUGUAUUGAAAGCGGAAAGAAUAAAUGUAAGCAUUUCAAAGUCAGUUACAAAUUCAAUAAAACCGAUUUUUAAAUUCAAAUUUAAAAUGAUGCACUAUGCUAGUUGAAUUGGAUUGUUGUGAAGGAGCUUGGGUAAUAAAAUAGGGUGCAUGAAAUGUACCAUAAGAUCGCAAAUGCUUUUUUCUCGUUGCAUCGUCUCCGCUUUACGUAACAGUCCUUAUCUCGUGUGGGAGAGUUCCACGCACUGGCCAAUGCAUAUGAUAACAAAUUAGUAUAAAAACUCGUCAUUUUGUUGAUAUGGUCAUCAUUCAGUGUCCCAGCUCUUCAGCAAAGCAAUACACACAGCAACAAUGAAGGUUAGUAACUUUUUCAUCAGGAUGAUUUUCUCUUUUCUAGUUCCAUUUCCAUUGCAAUGCCUUUCAUUUUAAACAAUAUUUUCUGUCCUGGUUUAUUCCACUAUAAAGAAAAAUAACAAUUUUAUUUUCAGUUUAUUUGACUAAAAUCUGUUUUAAAUUCGCCAAUUUGAAACUAAAUCAAAAUGUAAAUAUUUAUGGAAUUUUCUUCUGAGAGAUGGUAAUCAAUAGUUUCUUGAGCUCAGAAUUCAUUUUUCUAUCUUUUAUAGCCAUUUCAGGGCGUAGUUUUUGGUGUCUUUUUAAUGUUUCAUUUUAUUUCAGGUAGCCGUAUUCGCUCUUAUCGCUCUCGCCUCAAUGGCGAGCGCCUCCAUCUACGACGUGUUGGAGGGACACACUGGUCAUGCAUACGGUGCCGGUUACGGAACUGGAUACCCCUACAUCCACCCCAUUGUCGCUGCACGCUACGGAGCCUAUCCGCACGUCUACGGAGCCUACCCUCACUGUCUACGGAGCCUACCCCCACCACGUCUACGGUGCCUACCCCCACGUUUACGGAGCUGACAAAGUGGUUGUACCUUACGUUCAUGCCGGCAGAGACAUCGUCCACGACAACAUUGACCUGCAGACCCAGCACCAGCUCCAGGCCCAGCAUGAGCUGACCCAGGAACACCAAUUGCAGCACGAACACAACCUCCAGCACCAGCAGGAACUGGAACACGAACAGGCUCUGAGCCGUGAACACCAUCUGGAACAGAUCCAGCUGUUGCAGCACCAACAGCAACUGCAGAACCAGCAGCAGCUCCAGCAGCAACAGACCCUCCAACAACAGCACCUCCAGCAGCAACACAUCUUGGAACACCAACAGUACGAUGACGACACCUACAACGGCGCUGCCGGUAUUGUAGGACAUGUCGGUGUUGGAUAUGGAGCCUACAGCGGUGUCCACCACUACCCAUCAAUCCACCACCACUACCCUACUGUGUACUAAGAUAUGUAUAUUUUAAGAAUGAUGUUUAAUAAAUAAUUUUAUUUAUACCA